AUGGACCGCCGCGCGAUCUUCCACGGCGCUGUGAUCCACUCGCUCGGGCCGUCUGAGCUCGUCAUUCUCGAGCGCGCGCUGCUCGUCGUCGACAGCGGGGGCACGAUCGCGCACUUCGCCGAGGACGUCGCUCGGGAGGCGGUGCCGUCGGUGCUCGCCUCUCUGGACCCCUCCCCCGCCCCCGCCCCCGCCGCCGACGCCGACGCCGACGGCCGCCCCCGGGUCGAGGUCCGGUACCUGGGGCGCGGCGAGUUCGUGAUGCCGGGGCUCGUGGACGCGCACAACCACGCGCCGCAGUGGGGGCAGCGGGGGCUGGGCCAGGGGCUGCACAUCCUCGACUGGCUGGCCGAGGUGACGUUCCCGAACGAGGCGCGGUUCGCCGACGCGGCGCACGCGCGGCGCGUCUACGCCGCCUGCGUCGGCGGCAUGCUGCGGCAGGGCGUCACCACCGCCGCGUACUACGGCUCGCGGCACGCCGAGGCCACCGGCGCGCUCGCCGACCUGUGCCACGCGCGCGGCCAGCGCGCCCUCGUCGGCAAGUGCAACAUGGACCGCGGCGCGCCCGCGCGCUUCUGCGACGCCGACGCCGCCGCCUCGCUGCGCGACACCGAGGCCUGCAUCGCGCACGUGCGCCGGCUCGACCCCGCCGGCGCGCUGCUGCGCUACGUGCUGACGCCGCGCUUCGCCGUGGCCUGCGGGCCGGCGCUGCUGGCCGGGCUCGGCGCGCUCGCCGGCGCCGACCCGCGCCUCGCCGUGCAGACGCACUUCAGCGAGGCCGAGCAGGAGGUCCGCCGCACGCGCGAGCUGUUCCCCGCCUUCGCCGGCAGCGAGGCCGACCUGUACGCCUCCUUCGGCCUGCUCGGCCCCCGCACCAUCCUCGCCCACUGCUGCCUCGUCGACGACCGCGAGAUCGACCGCGUGCGCGCCCUCGGCUGCGGCGUCGCCCACUGCCCCGUCGCCAACGCCACCGUCGGCGGCGGCUUCAUGGCCGCCCCCGUCCGCCGCCUCCUCCGCCGCGGCGUCCACAAGAUCGGCCUCGGCACCGACAGCGGCGGCGGCUUCUCCAGCAGCGUCCUCGACGCCGCCCGCAUGGCCCUCGUCGCCUCCGCCGCCCGCGAGGCCGCCACCGCCGGCGCCGACCCCGCCCUGACCCUCGCCGAGGUCUUCUACCUCGCCACGCUCGGCGGCGCGCGCGUCUGCGGCGUCGGCGACCGCGUCGGCUGCUUCGCCGCUGGCCGCGAGUUCGACGCGCUCGUCAUCGACGCCAACGAGAGCGCCGGUGUCAUGGCUAUGCUCCAGGACGACGAUGAUACGCGCAUCAUUUUUGAGAAGUUCCUCAUGACCGGCGACGAUAGGAAUAUCCGCGAGGUGUACGUCUGCGGGCGUUCGGUGAAGCCUCAGUCUUGA